UAGCGAGCGAGAGCGGGGUCGUAGCGUAGUCAAUGCUUCGUUUGCAUUGAGCGCGUUCGUCCAUUUCGUUCACUCAGUCAGUCCGCAACGCGCUGUCUAACAGAACGCACGCGCGCUCGUGUUUUAUACUCAAAUCGGAGUUGUUAUAUUUAUAAUUCCAGUUGCAUUUUGCAUUCCUUAGUCAAAUUUAUUUAUUGAAUAGAACAGUGACUUCAUUGAUAUUUUCUAAAAUUCCUUCAUGAACUGUGAUCGUGUUUUUUAUCGUUUCAAACAAUAAUAAAACGGCAAGAUAAACCUGCACCACGACAGGUCGACAUGAGUGGAUUGACAAUCAGAGUUAAAAGAGGAUCGAGGGGUAGUGCUACUCUUCUUGAAGCAGCUAACAGAAUUCUCAGGCUACUAGGCGUUAGCUCAUCAAAGCGCGGGAAACAGCCCUCACCCAAAUCGAAGACAAACGGUCGAGUCGCAACCGAGGUUAGGGCACCCAUUGCAGCUGUCGAGAUCGUCGUCGAGUCCCCGAUCAAGAUGCAAGCAUCGCCUACUCCCGCCGCUCCUACAGCAGCGCCCACAUCAUCACCCGCACCCAGUCAGUCAUUCAAACCCACAAAACGAACGGCUAAAGACUACAUAUUUGGAAAACUCAUCGGAGAUGGAAUGUUUAGCACUGUUUUCCUCGCUAAAGACAUUCACAGUGGAAAGGAGUAUGCAAUUAAAGUUUGCGAAAAACGGCAUAUCAUCCGGAAAAAGAAAAUGGAAUAUAUCAAACGGGAAAAAGAUGCGUUAAACAUGCUUUUCAAAGUUCCGCACGGUUUUGUUAAACUGUAUUGCACGUUCCAAGAUGCAGAAAGAUUAUACUUCGUGUUGUCGUACGCAAAGAAUGGCGAAUUGUUAUCUUUUAUUAACAAAGUUGGUUCGUUCGAGUUGAAUGUAGCUAAAUUUUAUGCUGCCGAACUUUUAUCGGCAUUAGAAAAGAUGCAUGCUAAAGGAAUAAUCCACCGAGACUUGAAGCCUGAAAACAUUUUACUUGAUGAAAAUAUGCAUUUGCAAAUAGCAGAUUUCGGAACUGCAAAAAUUAUGGAUCCUGAAGAAAUAAAAUCGGCUCCCGUUGCUCAAGAGGAGGACUCAACAAGGAAUGAACGCUCUAGGAAAAUUAGUUUUGUUGGAACGCCACAAUAUGUGAGCCCAGAACUUCUACAUAACUGUGUAGACACUCGUACAUCCGACUUAUGGGCGUUAGGUUGCAUUAUCUACCAAAUGAUCUCUGGAUUGCCUCCUUUCCGCGCUGCUACUGAGUUUCUUACCUUCCAAAAAAUAUUGAAAAUGGACUAUGAAUUUCCAGAAGGAUUUCCCGCUGACGCUAAAGAUUUAGUUGAGAAAUUAUUAGUUUUGGAUCACACCAAGAGGAUCGGAGCUGAAGACAGAGGAGAUACCUAUGAAACCAUUCGAAAUCAUCCAUUCUUCGCCGGAAUAGAUUGGGAUAAUAUUUGGGAACAAACCCCUCCAACAAUUAGUCCUUAUUUACCAGGAGGGUCAUUUGAAGAAGAAUACAAUAUCCCUGAUCAUCUCGAACCAGGACUAGGCAAUAAUCAACUUGUGCGUCUGUGGGAAUUCGACCUAUCUACAUCCAAAGGUAUAUUAGAUAUCAGUCCAGAAGAGAAGCGUCGACGUUUGGAAAUUCAAGCCCGUGAAAAUAAAUGGCACCAAUUUGUUGAUGGAGAAUUAAUACUAAAACAAGGCUAUGUGGACAAGAGAAAGGGAUUGUUUCCUCGUCGUCGUAUGCUGUUACUCACUACCGGCCCUCGUCUAUUCUACGUGGAUCCCACUAACAUGGUUCUUAAGGGAGAAAUUCCUUGGUCGCCCGAACUACGCGUAGAAGCAAAGAACUUCAGAAUAUUUUUGGUGCACACGCCUAAUCGUACCUACUACCUCGAAGACCCAGAAUCGUACGCGCUAGAAUGGACUCGCGUGAUAGACGAGGUUCGCAUCGGCACAUAUGGGCGGGAUACGACUUAAGUAGGCGCGGUGUCUGCACGAGUCGCGUCCGCGCCGCCGCCGCCGCGGCCCCUGGGACCCUUCCGCCCCCCGCUCGGCGCGUGCACACUUCUAGGGUACUGUAGUUCGUGUUCAGCACGCAGACAGGUCAACCAUGAUAGCUUCGCGACGAAUCACGUCCUGAAGCGAUGCACCGGCCGAGCGCCGUGGGGCGUGUGGCGCCGUCAUAUAAGUAUGCUGCAACGCGCUACCGCCAGCACACACGGAGACGCCACGAGACGACAACGGCCACCCACGCCGACAGCCGUCGAUAACUGAUUGACUGAUUCCUAUUAUUAAUUAGUAUAUCCCGACUAUCUUAUCAUAAAUUAUUCUAAUUAAGUCCUUAUUUAAUUGUGGAUAUCGGUGAUGUGUAAAUAUUUGUCUUAAAUUAUUAUUAUUGCAAUCGCUUAGGUUAGAAUAUAUAAUGUGUAAUCGUGGGCCGUGUAGUCUUACACGGACCUUUGUAAGAAUGGACUUGUUAUUCACCACCUGCGUGUUCACAAAGCCCGUUCCGGUUGGUAACUAGGCAAUUUAUAGCUAAAUUGAAUAUUAUUUAUUUUAAUUUUAAUUAUUUGCCAACGGAAUGUGUCUGCUGUACAGUUAAUAAUGGUAGAAAAUUAUAAUCAGACUGUUUCCACGUUUUGCGUCGCGUAUCACUAAAAGUAUGUUAGUUAAUUUGUUGAAAGUUGCGUGUUAUUAAUACGAAAAGUUUACAUGUGAAAUGCUGUAAAAGAUAAAUACGUGAAACUGGAAAGGUCUGAUGUGACAAGGAUAGCUUCUUGUUGAGCUGAACAGAUUUGCUAGCAUAUGUGAUAGUAAUACAUAAUGCUAGCGUGGUUUAGCUGCUCGCUCUCCGUGCACGUGCGCGUCACGUUGAGAGCAAUGCUUAGUAUAACGUGCAUCAUAAUCAUGCACUAUAAUCCUAAUUUAGAAAAGGUAUACGGAUAACAUCGCUACUCAAAGUGAUAAUUAUGCUAUUGGAAUGCUAUAUUAAUUAUUGAAAUUCUUAAAUGUUGUUAAUUUAAAAUUCAGGAUGCUUUCAGUGUCCCUAAUUUUUGUGUUUUGGUAAAUUUGUAUGAAAAAUAUGUUCUUCGCCAUUGCGAACAUUCAAUGUCAUGGCUUUUAGGUCUUGGUUUCGAUUCUAUCGAAAUUAAUUGUUUAUUAUUGUAGCCUGUUUAAAUUAGUGUAUUAAAUGCCUAAAACUUGCCUGGAAUAUUUAAAUUAGGGCUGAUUUUAUUGUAUAAUUGGAUUAAAUCCAUGGUUCAAUGUAAAACCCUAAUUUUAGUGAAAUAUAGUCAUAAUAUUUAGAAUUCCAGCUUUAGUGUUGAAAAUUGAUUAUAUUGGUUUCAAUAGUGAAAUAUAUUUUGGAUUAUGACAUAGAAACAGAUGAUAAUAGCAAUCUGACUACUCCAUGACAUUGUUAAUAUUUAAACAAAUAAUAAUAAAUCUGCAUUUAAAAUUUAAAUAACUGUUAUCUAUUGUAAUUAUGUUACAACAUUUGUAUUUGCGUAAAUUCCCAUAUAGUAACAAAAUACGAAAUUGAAAGUAAAUUGAAGUUGAUUUUUUGAUAUA